CUCCGCGCCGCCCCCCGCGCCCCUGCCGGCCCGCGGCCGGCCGGGGGGCAGCCGGCGCCAUGGCCUCGCCGGAGCCGCUGCGGCCGCGCCUGUGCCGCCUGGUCCGCGGCGAGCACGGCUACGGCUUCCACCUGCACGGCGAGAAGGGCCGCCGCGGGCAGUUCAUCCGGCGCGUGGAGCCCGGCUCCCCGGCCGAGGCGGCCGCGCUGCGCGCCGGGGACAGGCUGGUCGAGGUCAACGGCGUCAACGUGGAGGGCGAAACGCAUCACCAGGUGGUGCAGAGGAUCAAGGCUGUGGAAGGGCAGACGCGGCUGCUGGUGGUGGACAAGGACACGGACGAGGAGCUCCGCAGGCGGCAGCUGACCUGCACGGAGGAGAUGGCCCAGCACGGCCUUCCGCCCACCCACGACCCCUGGGAGCCGAAGCCGGACUGGGCGCGUGCGAGCAGUCUCGGCCCCGAGGCUGGCCCGAAGGAUGUCAGUGGACCCCCGAGGGAGCUACGCCCUCGGCUCUGCCACCUGCGAAAGGGCCCCCAGGGCUAUGGGUUCAACCUGCACAGUGACAAGUCCCGGCCGGGACAGUAUAUUCGCUCUGUGGACCCAGGCUCGCCUGCGGCUCACUCUGGCCUCCGCGCCCAGGACCGACUCAUCGAGGUAAAUGGGCAGAAUGUGGAGGGGCUGCGCCACGCAGAGGUGGUCGCCAGCAUCAAGGCGCGGGAGGCCGAGGCCCGGCUGCUGGUGGUGGACCCCGAGACGGACGAGCACUUCAAGCGGCUACGGGUCACACCCACCGAGGAGCAUGUGGAAGGUCCACUGCCGUCACCAGUCACCAAUGGGACCAGCCCUGCCCAGCUCAAUGGUGGCUCAGCGUGUUCAUCCCGAAGUGAUCUGCCUGGCUUAGACAAGGACACUGAGGUAGACAGCAGCACUUGGAAACGUGACCCCUUUCAGGAGAGUGGCCUGCACCUGAGCCCCACGGCGGCCGAGGCCAAGGAGAAGGCGAGAGCCACCCGGGUCAACAAGCGGGCACCACAGAUGGACUGGAACCGGAAGCGCGAGAUCUUCAGCAACUUCUGAGCCCCUCCCUGCCUGUUUGCCGGCGACCCGGCCUCCUCCCCGCACGGGCCCAGCCCAGAGUUCCCCAAGCAAGCCUCAGCGGACUGGAUGGGGUGCCUCCUCACCCCUAGAAGCCGUGCUGGGCCCACCGUCAUCCAGGAACCAGCGUGCGCCCCGGUGCGCCCCAUCCUGCCCUCCUACCUGCUGGGUGCUGGAGAAGGGAGAGGGGAGAGGGAAGGGGGCCCCCCUAGAAGUGAGAGAGGGAGAGGGAGUGGCGACCUUGGGCCCGGCCCUUGCUGCUCUGCCCGGGCCUGCUGACUUAAAGGAAUUUGUUUCUGCUUUUCUUCCAAAAAAGAAAAAAAAAAAAAAAACUCAACAAAAAAAACCCCAGAGCUCCAGCUCCACACAUGUUUCCACUUAAUGAGUCCCACCCCCCCGCCCCCGCCCCCUUAGGACGUGCUCUCUAAGUAAUUGCAAUAAAACAAACCUUUCUCUGCAAACCACUUCCUCCCCACUCCUCAGUGACAGCCUUCCCAACUGGGAGCCCCGGGCACUUCCAGGGACAGAGAAAUGUAGGGGGACCAGGCUGUGAGUGUGGGGGCUUCAGGGUGAGGCUGGGGAGGCCAGAUGUGGCUGUAGGAGCUGCCCCCUUCCUCCUCCCUGCUGUGGCGGAUCGCUAGACCCGGCCCCCCCAUGUUCCCGCUGAACUGGUCUAGGGCGCAGGGCCUGGGCUCCCAGGGGCCUGAGGAUAGAGGCCCUGUGUCCCCGAAGAGGGUGGCCUCUGGACGGGCCUUUUGGCCCUGUGCCACAGCCCUGAGGCUGGGGGAGAGCCUGCCUGCCCCCAGGAGACCCCACCCACUCUCCCUUUCCUCUGCCCUGAACCCGACCGACGUUGCUGUCCGCCCUGUAAGCCAUAGCGCAUGCGCGCCCUCCGAAUAAACAGGCCUUCCUCAGA